UCUGCUCUUGGCUGUAAGAGGACCAACUUGUGGACUGUAUUCUAUGACUGCAAAGAUGGAACCUACUUUCUACGAUGACGCCAUAAAUGCUACCUUUGUACAGCCGGAAAGUGGUGCUUAUGGAUACAACAACCCCAAAGUUCUGAAGCAGAACAUGACGCUGAAUCUGGCCGACCCGGCCAGUAACCUCAAGCCCCACCUGAGGAACAAGAAUGCCGACAUCCUGACCUCCCCAGAUGUUGGCCUCCUCAAGCUGGCCUCUCCUGAGCUAGAGAGGCUGAUCAUCCAGUCCGGCAACGGGCUGAUCACCACCACCCCGACCCCGACCCAGUUCCUCUGCCCCAAAAAUGUCACCGAUGAGCAAGAAGGGUUUGCUGAAGGCUUUGUCAGGGCGCUGGCAGAACUGCACAACCAAAACACCCUGCCAAUUGUUACUUCUGCUGCCCAGCCUGUUAACACCGGCAUGCCCCCUGUCUCAUCUAUGGCUGGAAACAGUGGCUUCAGUGCCGGUUUGCACAGCGAGCCGCCUGUCUAUGCCAACCUCAGCAAUUUCAACCCAAAUACGCUCAACGCGGCGCCUAACUACAACGCAAGCAACCUGGGCUAUCCUCCUCAGCAUCUAAACCCCCAGAUGCCGGUGCAGCAUCCCCGCCUUCAAGCUCUGAAAGAAGAACCUCAGACUGUCCCAGAGAUGCCUGGGGAGACUCCUCCCUUGUCCCCUAUUGACAUGGAGUCCCAGGAGAGGAUCAAGGCAGAGAGGAAGCGCAUGAGAAACCGAAUUGCGGCCUCCAAGUGCCGGAAAAGGAAACUGGAACGGAUUGCCAGGUUGGAAGACAAAGUGAAAACUUUGAAAGCGCAAAACUCGGAACUGGCAUCUACUGCCAAUAUGCUGCGAGAGCAGGUUGCUCAGCUGAAGCAGAAGGUCAUGAAUCAUGUCAACAGUGGGUGUCAGCUAAUGUUAACACAGCAGUUGCAAACUUUUUGAAGAGACUAACAGUAACUAUGUGAUA